AGCCAAAAAAAGAACUCCACGUCUAAUUAUCAGUCUAAAGGAAUGUUUAAAUAGUUCUGGUUAAUGUUCCUGGGGGAUUAAACUAUCACCUGACAAAGCAGCCACAAUAGCAUCCCUAUAAUAAUUAGGAAAAGGAAAGCUUAAAGGGUACCUUGUAUAACUCCCCUCUUUUAAAUUCUGCUCUAGUAUGCUGGAUCUUUGAGACUGAAGUGCCCUCUGCUGUCUGAAAUCUAUUCAGCCAAAUAGAAGGACUCUUUCCUUGAUCCUUGGCAAUUGCCACUUGAGGGAAACCAGUGGCCAAUCAAGAAUAUUUUUGUGAAUAAAGAUACACUUGGAUUCUCCCAUUUCUUGCUCCCUAGGACGUUACGGUGAUGGUGACUCCGGUUUCACUUGCAGAAGAGGACUUCAAAAUCACUCUCGCAGAGCUGCGGGAUCUGAUGGAAUUUCGAAAGAGUGAGGCAGUGACAAAAAUAAAGGAACUGUAUGGUGAUGUUUUUGAAAUCUGUAAACUGUUGCGCACUUCACCUAAAAAUGGGAUAUCUGGGACUUCAUCAGAAUUGAACAUAAGAAAAUCUGUAUUUGGAAAGAAUUUUAUACCCCCUAAAAAACCCCUGACUUUCCUGGAGUUAGUAUGGGAAGCACUGCAAGAUACAACAUUAUGUAUCUUAGAAAUUGCCGCUGUCAUAUCCUUGGGACUUUCAUUUUACAAUCCACCAGGAGGAAGUGCUGCAGCAUGUCAUACGGAUGAUUCUGGAGAAGAGUACGAAAACGAGGAGGCUGACUGGAUAGAAGGCGCUGCGAUACUUUUGUCGGUAGUUUGUGUAGUGUUAGUGACUGCUUUCAAUGACUGGAGUAAGGAAAAACAGUUUAGAGGGUUGCAAAGUCGCAUUGAAAAGGAACAAAGGUUUACUGUCAUCAGAGCUGGAAAGAUGCUGCAAGUGCCGGUGGCUGACUUAGUGGUGGGGGAUGUAGCGCAGAUCAAAUAUGGAGACCUUCUACCAGCUGAUGGUCUGCUUCUCCAAGGGCAUGACCUGAAAAUUGAUGAAAGUUCCCUUACAGGGGAAUCCAAUCAGGUCAAAAAGACUUUGACAGAGGAUCCCAUGUUGCUUUCAGGUACCCACGUAAUGGAAGGCUCAGGGAAAAUGGUUAUUACUGCUGUAGGUGUAAACUCACAAACAGGAAUUAUCUUCACAUUGCUUGGAGUUGGAGAGGAUACUGAGAAAGCAAAAGAGACUGACCAAAAACCUAAGCCAGACAACUCUGUUGCAAAAAGCAAGGAAGCUGCUGAAAAGAGCACUGAGGAAAGCCCAAAUAAAUCAACUCCACAUAAAAAAGAAAAAUCUGUUUUACAAGCAAAGCUCACAAGAUUAGCAGUCCAGAUUGGCAAAGCAGGGUUGGCUAUGUCCAUCAUCACAGUUCUUGUGCUUAUACUCUAUUUUUUAAUUCAAACUUUUGUAAUUGAGAAACGUGUUUGGACUACUCAGUGCACAGCAAUUUAUGUACAAUAUCUUGUGAAGUUCUUUAUUAUUGGUGUCACAAUAUUGGUGGUAGCAGUACCUGAGGGCCUUCCACUUGCAGUCACCAUCUCACUUGCCUACUCUGUGAAGCAAAUGAUGAAAGAUAAUAAUCUAGUGAGACAUCUGGAUGCCUGUGAAACAAUGGGUAAUGCAACAGCAAUUUGUUCAGAUAAGACAGGAACCUUAACCAUGAACAGAAUGACAGUAGUCCAAAUUUUCAUUGGUGGCACACAUUAUAAAAUUGUUCCUGCACCUGAUUUAAUUCAUCCAACCAUGUUGAAUUACCUGCUUAAAAGUAUUUCUGUAAAUUGUGCUUAUACUUCAAAAAUAGUGAGUCCCGAAAAGGAAGGAGGCCUUCCCCGCCAAAUUGGCAAUAAAACUGAAUGUGCUUUAUUGGGCUUGCUUCUUGAAUUAAAUCUGGAUUAUGAAGCGGUACGGACUAAGAUACCAGAAGAAAAAUUAUAUAAAGUAUACACAUUCAAUUCUGACAGGAAGUCUAUGAGCACAGUUUUGAAAAAUGCAGAUGGUAGUUAUCAACUGUUUAGCAAAGGUGCUUCUGAAAUACUCCUUCAAAAAUGUGUCCAACUACUAGAUGCUACAGGAAGGCCUGCCCCCUUUUCAAAAAAAGACAGAGAAAAUGUGCUUAAAAAUGUGAUUGCACCAAUGGCCUCUGAGGGACUCCGAACCAUAUGUUUAGCUUUCAGAGAUUUCCCUGUUGGUUUUGGCCAUGAAGAAACAACAUGGGACAAUGAGGAAGCUAUUCUCAAAGACUUGACCUGUAUUGCAGUUGUUGGUAUUGAAGAUCCCGUGAGACCUGAAGUUCCUGAAGCCAUUAGAAAAUGUCAGAAUGCUGGCAUUGUUGUGCGCAUGGUUACUGGCGAUAAUAUUAACACAGCUCGUGCGAUAGCUGUGAAAUGUGGCAUCCUACGACCUGAUGACACAUGUGUAUGCUUAGAAGGGUCUGAGUUUAACAAACUAAUCCGUGGUCCAGAUGGGAAGAUAAAACAAGAGCUAAUUGACAAGAUUUGGCCCACCCUUUGUGUACUUGCAAGAUCCUCUCCCGCUGAUAAGUACAACUUAGUAGAAGGGAUCAUUAACAGUGAGAUCACAGAACAAAGGCAGGUGGUAGCAGUAACUGGCGAUGGUACUAAUGACGGGCCCGCAUUAAAGAAAGCUGAUGUUGGAUUUGCAAUGGGUAUUGCUGGAACCGAUGUCGCAAAAGAAGCCUCUGAUAUCAUUCUUACAGAUGACAACUUCUCAAGCAUUGUAAAAGCAGUAAUGUGGGGUAGAAAUGUAUAUGAUAGCAUUUCAAAAUUCCUUCAGUUUCAGCUUACUGUCAAUGUGGUAGCCGUGAUACUUGCUUUUACAGGAGCAUGCUUUACUCAGAAUUCCCCUCUGAAAGCUGUUCAGAUGCUGUGGGUCAAUCUCAUUAUGGAUACAUUUGCUUCACUUGCUUUAGCAACAGAAAAGCCGACAGAAGCCCUGUUGAAUCGGAAGCCUUAUGGUAGAAAUAAACCUCUUAUCACCCGUACAAUGAUGAAAAAUAUCUUAUGUCAUGCCAUCUAUCAGCUCGCAAUUGUUUUUGGACUUGUGUUUGCAGGAGAAAAAAUGUUUGAUAUUGAAAACGGACGAACUGCACCAUUGGAAGCCCCACCAACAGAGCAUUACACUAUUGUAUUUAACACCUUUGUAAUGAUGCAGAUUUGUAAUGAAGUCAAUGCUCGAAAGAUUCAUGGAGAAAGAAAUGUAUUUUCAGGAAUAUUCACAAAUGCCAUUUUUUGUUGUGUUGUUAUGGGGACAUUAAUUGUACAGAUCCUCAUUGUCCAGGUUGGAGGGAAGCCCUUUAGCUGUACAAGUCUUACACUUGACCAAUGGUUAUGGUCAGUCUUCUUUGGCUUAGGGACGCUGCUUUGGGGACAGAUCAUUAUAACUAUUCCAACCAGGUAUUUGUGGUGUCUGAAAGAAGUUGGUGAAGCCCCACCUGAAGAAGAAAACGAAGGAGAAGCUCAAAACCCCACAGAAAUUGAUUAUGGUGAGCAGGAACUACGUCACAGUCAGAUUUUGUGGUUUCGGAGUUUCCAGAGAAUUCAGACUCAGUGCAGGGUAGUGAGAGCCUUCCGUGCUUCAAUUGAUGUACAUUCUGUACACAGUAGUAAAACAGAACACGAAUAGUGGACCUCAGAAAUUCUGCCCUUAUUGUUGAAUAUUCAUUUUGAAAUAAGUAAAAUGCAUGUUACUUCCCUUAAGAAACAGAUGGAAGCUGAUUUCACAGUGGUCAUUCAGUGAGACACACUUUGAAGCUAUCUUUGAAGCUAUCAAAAUGUUUUCUAGAGGAUAUUUAAAAAACGUAAGAAAUAAUAAUUUUUUAAAAUGCUUUCAAACUGUUUUCAUAUAUGGGUCUGAGCAUUAUGUUAGCAGACCUUUACUAGAUCUUGUGCCUUUAAAUUUCUAUUUACAAAAGGUAUCUUCCAAAAAAAAGUGAGCGAUGAAGCCAGAACCAGUCUUUAAUUUUUUAUAUGCAUUGAUUAAAUUAGUAUAAAUGAUAGCAAUUAAACUGUACAUAGUCUUUUACUUCUGCUACAGUUUAUGCCAACUGACAUCAAUUGGCUGAGCUUCCUUAGGCCCUCGAUCUUUUGUUUUCAAAAUAUGUUACCUUCCCUAAAUAUUUUGAACCAUUUCUUUAGCUCUUGGGCUAUGUGAUUCCUAAAGAAGGGGAGAUAGAUAUGGCUUUAAGAAAGCUAAGCAUAUUUUGCAUGUUGUUCUUCAUACUUACUUAUAAACAAAGAUUAUUGAAUAAUAAAAAAAGCUUAAAACUUU